AUGAGCGUUUCCGUACAGAAAGCCAACAUUUCGAUUCAGGGCAUUGGGCUGUCCGGAAUAAAGGCAUCGCACAAAAUAAAAGCUGUCGUCAAGUCCCGCGUUUCGUCGUACGCUCGAUCUAUGGAGUUCCUUGUGUUACCGAAGGUCACAGCGAGCCUGCCAACGACCACUAUUCAGGCAAGUGGAUGGGACAUACCUGUAGACAUCGAGCUGGCGGAUCCAGAGUUUUUCCGGUCGAGGAAGAUCGAUUUGGUAUUGGGCAUCCAAGCUUUCUUCACCUUCUUCCCGUCAGGAAGUGAAAUUCAAUUUGGCAAGAGCCUGCCUGUAUUGACAGAGUCCGUUUUCGGAUGGAUAGUGACAGGCGAAGUCACAUCGGAUAGUCAGGCGACUAGAUACUCCUGCAACAUGGCAGUGUCGGACGAUCUGGAAGAGAUAAUGGCACGGUUUUGGUCCUGCGAGGAAGUGGGAGCCGUCAACAAACACUCUCCGGAAGAAAGCCGCUGCGAAGAGCUGUUCGAAAACACGGUGAAGCGGGAAACGGAUGGACGUUACACAGUUACCCUCCCAAAGAACACUGAAGUGCUGGCGAAAAUUGGUGAAUCGAAAGACAUCGCAUUGAGGCGAUUACGAGCUGUAGAGCGAAGGUUGGCGAAAGAUCCUGAUCUACAGAGGCAGUACAGCGAUUUUAUGACCGAAUAUAUCAAUCUCGGUCACAUGCGAAAGGUGGACGAACCUGAGGAGAAGGCAGUCAAACGGUGUUUUCUGCCACAUCAUCCGGUAAUCAAGGAGACUAGCACCACGACUAAGGUGAGAGUGGUAUUUGAUGCCUCCUGUAAGACUUCUACUGGAAUAUCCCUCAACGAUGCGCUGUAUGCUGGACCAGUAGUACAGCAAGAUCUUAGGUCGAUCGUCCUUCGGAGUAGAACUCGUCAGGUGAUGGUGGUUGCUGAUGUCGAGAAGAUGUUCCGGCAAAUCUGGACGAAAUCUGAUGACACUCCGCUACAAUGCAUCCUGUGGACUGGACUAGAUGGCAAGGUUUCUAUAUACGAGCUGCUGACGGUGACGUACGGUACCAAAUCGGCACCAUAUCUUGCUACACGUACUCUGAAGCAACUGGCAUCCGACGAGCGGGAGCGGUUCCCUCUGGCGGCUACGACGAUCGAAGAAGACGUGUAUAUGGACGACGUUAUUUCAGGAGCGGGCGACGUCGAAUCUGCGAUCGAAUUGAGGUGA